CUCAGGAUAGCUUAAAUCCUCAUAUUAUAUCCAUUCUAUCUAAGUUGUCCAGGCGAUUUGCUAUGCUACCGGUGCUCAAGCUACCUAUUGCUUCAAUUUUCAGUUUGGCGACCGUGCUCGUGGAUUGUUAUUUUUAUUGCUCUACUGAAAACUGCCCAAGCCAUUCCACGUACGCCUUCUUGGAUCUGGAUGGGGAAAGCCGUCUCCGGACUUUCGAGAAUUGCGCCGAGUUCAGCCAAGGAUGGCCACAACCUAUACAGAACGCCAACUUAUCUAAGUGCCAGUACCACUUCCCAACACAACGCCAUGUAAACCACUACGUCUAGGAAAGUGAAUAGGAAAGGGUUAGAGAAUCUUUUAAGGAUGAACCGAUUUGGAUCGAGUAGUGUGUGAGUAUUGAAUGG